AUGUCAUUUGAUAUAAUGAAAUCACGUCGAAAAUUACCCGCUCCAAUGCAUGAUCGAUCAUCUUACUCCAUAUUUUCUGUGAUUAGACAAGCAAUAGGAAAAGAUCUGACUCGAUUUUCUAUACCUGUUAUUUGGAGUGAACCUCUUAGUUUUCUUCAACGUUUGGCAGAAUGUUUAGAAUAUUCUUCAUUACUUGAUAGAGCUUCAUUGGCGAAUACAUCAAUCGAACGACUCCAUUUAAUAACAGCAUUUGUUGUAUCAACUCUUUCAAGUCAUUUAGAACGAUUGUCAAAACCAUUUAAUCCCCUACUUGGUGAAACAUAUGAAUUAAAAAGUGAAGGUACUACACCAUUUCAUUUUAUUGCUGAACAAGUUAGUCAUCAUCCACCUAUAUCUGCAUUGUAUGUUCGUGGACAAAAUUGGACUUUAACUGCAAAUGUUGAACCGAAAGUAAAAUUCCAAGGAACAAAUGUAGUAGCUAUAGCGCAAGGGCGAUCUAUACUACGAAUUUACAAAAAAUCUACAUUGUCGCAAUCAAGUUCUCAGUUAUGUACCGACGAGAAUGGUGAAGUAGAAGAAUAUACAUGGACAACACCAUCUGUUGUUAUUCACAAUAUUUUAUUUGGUCGUCUUUGGUGUGAAUUUCAAGGAGAAAUUGAUUUAAAACAUGUACAAUCCAAUCAACAUGCUGUUCUUACUAUUAAAUCACACUCGUGGUUUGCUUCGCAAUCAACAAAAACAACUGAUAUGUUCAAAUAUAAUGGAUAUAUCUAUGAUGGAAAUGAUAAGAUCAGUGCAUUUCAUGGUAAUUAUGGUCAUUGUUAUUAUGCUAUCGAUGAUUUAAAAGAUGUAGAAAUAAAAACUUCAUCUUGUUGUUCUGCUCAUGGUAAUAAUUGUCUUCAUCUUAGUUCAGAUCCAAUAUUAUCACCAUCAUGUAAUCUUAUACUUACUCCAUCAUCUCGUCUCAUUUGGCACCGAUCUUUUCCAUCGAUGACAGAUAAAGAACUAGCAUUAAGGCAUCAAUAUUACUUUUUUACACCAUUUACAAUGUGUCUCAAUGAACACAUCUUGUUAUCUCAUUUACCACCAACUGAUUGUCGAUUUCGUAAAGAUAUUCGAUAUCUUGAACAAGGUGAUUUAGAAACUGCUUCAAUUGAAAAACAUCGCCUCGAAGAACAACAACGAGCUGAUGCAAAAAAACGUGAAAACGGAUAUGAACCAUUAUGGUUUAAGAAAGAUGACCAAGGUGAAUACAUAUAUACCGGUGAAUAUCAACGAAGAAACUUUGAUCAUUGCCCAAAUCUUUUCUCUUAA